AUGGAGGCCUCGGAGAUAGCAGAUUGUCACCCUGAGACUGCUGUAGAAGCAUUUAAGAUCAGCAUGAUCCAGGGGACUAAAUUUCAUACCUCUUUAGUCAAAUACUCCCAUCCUGAUAUGCAAACUCUUAAUGCUAGGGCACAAGAGAACAAAGUAAGGUUUGCAGUCCCUCAGCCAAUGCAGCAACCCUUGAAGCAGAGGGACAAAAGCAAACACUGCACAUACCACAGGGAUUAUAAGCAUACAACCAAUGACUGUAGAUCCCUUCGGCGACAGAUAGAAAACAUGAUAGCUAAAGGAGACCUAGCAUAUUAUCUCAGGCCAAAAGAGCAUACAAGGCCGAGGGAAGUUAAUCCUCGGAAGGUAAAAGGUAAUCAAGUGAAGGUCAUUCAUGCAAUCCAUGAGAAAUCAGAGGAGGACCAAGAGUUAGAAGAGGUGUACCACUCUAGACUGAGGGUUGUCCAUAAGCUACGAAAGUUAUCCUUAGUAAAUACGAUCACUUCGGGCAGUAUCAGUAUCAGAUUCGGAAAUGGAGACUUAUCCAAAGUGCAGCUUCCCCAUGAUAAUUCACUCGUUAUUAGUCUUCUGGUAGCAAACUGGAUGAUUAAAAGAGUCCUGAUAGACCCUGGCAGCAGUACUAAUAUUAUAACUAAGGCAUCCUUUGAGCAGUUAGAGAUCCCAUCGUCGUCAAUUCGAGCUACAUCUAGUCCCUUGAUGGGGUUCGAUGGAACGAGAGUGAACCCUAUUGGGGUAAUCGAUUUAUCAGUCACUGCUGCAAAAAGGAUACUGAAAGAAAACUUUAUUUUGACAUAA